ACAGGAGAGAAUUCUUACUCCUGCUCUGACUGUGGAAAAUGCUUCAAAACAUCAAUGGUGCUAAAACUUCAUCAGAGAACACACACAGGAGAGAAGCGUGAAAAGCCUUACGUCUGCUCUGACUGUGGGGCGAGUUUCUCUCGUCUGGGCACCUUAAAAACACACCAACGUAUACACACAGGAGAGAAGCCUUACUCCUGCUCUGACUGUGGAAAAUGCUUCACAACGUCAACUGAUCUAAAAGUGCAUCAGAGAACACAUACAGGAGAGAAGCCUUACUCCUGCUCUGACUGUGGAAAAUGUUUUAAAACAUCAAAAGAGCUAAAAGUUCAUCAGAGAACACACACAGGAGAGAAGCCUUUCGUCUGCUCUGACUGUGGGAAAUGCUUCACAACAUCAACUGAUCUAAAAUUUCAUGAGAGAACACUCACAGGAGAGAAGCCUUACUCCUGCUCUGACUGUGGAAAAUGUUUUAAAACAUCAAAUAAGCUUAAAGUUCAUCAGAGAACACACACAGGAGAGAAGCCUUACGUCUGCUCUGACUGUGGAACUAGUUUCUCUCAACUUUCCAACUUAAAAUCACAUGAACGUAUACAUACAGGGGAGAAGCCAUACUCCUGCUCUGACUGUGGAAAAUGCUUCAAAACAUCAACUAAGCUAGAAGUUCAUCGGAGAACACACACAGGAGAGAAGCCUUAUUACUGCUCUGACUGUGUAAAAUGCUUCACAACAUCAACUAAGCUAGAAGUUCAUCAGAGAACACACACAGGAGAGAAGCCUUAUUCCUGCUCUGUGGAAGGGUGGGCGUGUAACUCAAACUUCUAGCCAAAGGCUGCUGUGUUUAGAAUCUCAUCAAGGAGGACUUUAGCAUUUUAGCAACUUUGCAACUACUUACUACUUUUUAGCUAUUACUUAGCAUGUUAGCUUAGCAUGUUAGCUUAGCAUGUAACUACUUAGUAUGU